AUGAAAACCCUCUUCGUUUCCCUACUUAUUUUCAAUCUUCUUUCGCUCACUCUUUCAAAAGAACUUUGCAAUUCCCAUGAUAAAAAAGUGCUCCUCCAAAUUAGAAAACAUUUUGGCGAUCCUUACUUCCUAGCCUCAUGGCUGUCGGACACUGAUUGCUGCACAACUUGGAACCAGGUGAAGUGUGACCGCACCACCAACCGCAUAGUUUCCCUAAGGCUUUUUUCUGGUAACCUUUCUGGUGAAAUCCCUGCUGAAGUUGGGGACUUGCCCUAUCUCACGACUCUCGAGUUCCACAAGCUGACAAAUAUUACCGGCAGCAUACCAACCUCCAUUUCCAAGCUCACACACCUCAUUUCACUCACACUUAGCCGGCUCAACCUCACUGGCUCAGUACCCGACUCUUUUAGCGAACUCAAGAAUCUGAGAGUAUUGGAUCUGUCUUUCAACAGCCUUUCAGGAUCAAUACCAAGCUCACUCGCUUUAAUGCCGGAAAUUGAUAUUCUUUCCUUGGACAGGAACAAGCUUACUGGUCCUAUCCCAGAUUCAUUUGGCAACUUCGUAGGCAGGGUACCGGGUAUUUCCCUGUCUCAUAACCAGCUUUCUGGUAAAAUCCCUGCUUCCUUAGACAACAGAGACUUUCGUUUGAUUGAUUUCUCGCGCAACAGACUUGAAGGUGAUGCUUCAAUGUUUUUUGGGCCAAACAAAACUACUGGAAGUGUGGAUCUAUCAAGGAAUUUGCUGGAGUUUAAUUUUUCAAAGCUGGUGUUUCCAAGCACCUUGACAUAUUUGGAUGUUAACCACAACAAGAUUUUCGGAAGCAUUCCUACUCAGAUGACUCAGUUAACUUUCCUGUCCUUGAACGUGAGUUACAACAGGCUUUGCGGUCAGAUUCCCCAAGGUGGUAAGUUGCAGAGCUUAGAUUACACAGCAUAUUUCCAUAACAGGUGCUUGUGUGGCACUCCACUGGAAAGCUGCAAAUAG